AUGCAGAGGGAGGUGGGGCCGCAGGUGGCCCCUCCGCUCUUCCUCCACCAGAUCCAGCCGAUGCCUCCCCACGCCGCCGCCGCGAAGAAGCGCGGCCACCCGUGGCCCGCCGGCGGCGCCGCCGUGGCGCCCGCGGAGGCCGCCGCCGGGAACUGGAACCCCAGGCUGUGGGACUGGGACAGCCGCGCGCUCACCGCCAGGCCGUCCUCCGAUGCGCUCCGCCUCGCCGGUGGCCAGCCCCAGCCGGCAGCCAAGGCGGCUGAGGCGCACCGUCCGGGGGCCGGGGGUAGCGGCGCGCUGAACCUCCAGCUCGGGCUGCGGGAGGACGCCGCGACCCCGAUGGACGCCAGCCCGACGGCUCCCGCGGCGGCGUCGUCGCCGUCCCCGCCUCCUGCUUCGGCCGCGGCGGGGCAGGAGCCGGUUGUUAGGCCGAGCAAGCGCGUGCGGUCCGGAUCGCCGGGGAGCGCGGGGGGAGGAUCGGCGGGCGGUGGGGCUGCCAACGGUGGCGCGAGUUACCCGAUGUGCCAGGUGGAUGACUGCCGAGCGGAUCUGACCAGCGCCAAGGAUUACCACCGGAGGCACAAGGUCUGCGAAACCCACAGCAAGACCACCAAGGCGGUCGUCGCCAACCAGGCGCAGCGCUUCUGCCAGCAGUGUAGUAGAUUUCACCCGCUCGCGGAGUUUGAUGAGGGUUCUAACGUUGGUAAAGUGCCUAGCAUCCCUCCCAUACCAGAUAAACAGAAUCUGGUUGAAAUUAUAAGCAAAAUAAAUUCAUUGAACAACACGACCCCUGCGGCAAAGUCUCCUCCAUCAGAAGUUGUUGAUUUGAAUGCUUCACAAGAGCAACAAGAGCAACGGCAGGAUUCUGUGGAGAAGACGACCAACGUAAUCGACAAGCAAACUGUGCCAUCAACCAUGGACUUGCUAGGAGUUUUUUCAAUUGGCCUUGCAACUUCAACACCUGAGACAAAUACAUCUCAGUCCCAAGGGAGCAGUGACAGCAGUGGUAAUAACAAGAGCAAGAGCCAUUCAACAGAGCCAGCAACUGUUGUGAAUUCACAUGAUAAACCAACCCGUGAUUUUCCUGCUGCUGGUUUCAUGAGAAGCAACAGCACACACGAAAGCCGACCUCAUAUAUACAAGCAGACAGAACAAGAGACUAGACCAUACUUGUCACUGCAGCUGUUUGGCAGCACUGAGGAGGAUAUUCGACCUAAGAUGGACUCAGUGAAUAAGUACUUAUCUUCUGAGAGUAGUAAUCCUCUGGAUGGGAGAUCUCCUUCAUCCUCUCCGCCUAUAACCCGCAAGUUUUUCCCCAUACAUUCGGUUGAUGAAGAGGUUCGGCACCCUCAUAUUACAGACUAUGGGGAAGAUGCUACAAUGGGUGAAGUUAGCACAAGUCAGGCAUGGUGUGCACCACCACUUGAUCUCUUCAAGGAUUCAGAGCGUCCCAUCGAGAAUGGAUCGCCACCAAAUCCUGGUUACCAGUCCUGCUAUGCCUCAACAUCUUGUUCAGACCAUUCACCUUCAACCUCGAACUCAGAUGGACAGGACCGGACCGGUAGGAUUAUUUUCAAGCUGUUUGGCAAGGAACCUAGUACAGUACCUGGGAACCUUCGUGACGAUAUAGUAAAUUGGCUCAAACACAGCCCUACUGAAAUGGAGGGAUACAUUCGCCCUGGUUGCCUUGUACUCUCCAUGUACCUAUCAAUGCCGGCUAUUGCAUGGGAUGAGCUUGAAGAAAAUCUCCUCCAGAGAGUAAACUCAUUAGUUCAAAGUUCUGAUUUGGAUUUCUGGAGAAAAGGAAGGUUUUUAGUUCGAACCGACUCCCAGUUGGUAUCGUAUAAAGCGGGAAUGACCCGUUUAUCGAAAUCGUGGAGAACAUGGAAUACCCCUGAAUUGACCUUUGUGUCACCAAUUGCUGUUGUUGGUGGGCGAAAGACCUCCCUCAUUCUUAAAGGCCGCAAUCUAUCUAUUCCUGGCACACAGAUCCAUUGUACGAGUAUAGGGAAGUACAUAUCCAAGGAAGUUCUGUGCUCAGCAUAUCCAGGCACCAUAUAUGAUGAUUCAGGUGUCGAGACCUUUGACUUGCCUGGACAACCAGAUCUUAUUCUUGGACGCUGCUUUAUUGAGGUGGAGAACAGGUUCAGGGGUAACAGCUUCCCUGUCAUUGUUGCAAGUUCAAGUGUUUGCCUGGAGUUGAGAAAUCUAGAAGUUGAGCUCGAGGAUUCACAGGUUCUUGAUGUUUCUUCGGAUGGUCAGAUUCAUGACUCUCGGCAGUCAAAGACAAGGAAUCAAGUUCUGCACUUCCUAAAUGAACUUGGUUGGCUCUUUCAGAGGGCUUCUGCAUGUACAUUAUCCUCCAGAUCUGAUGUGUCUGAUUUGGAUUUGAUUCAGUUUUCAACUGCACGGUUCAAAUAUCUUUUACUGUUCUCUAAUGAGCGUGACUGGUGCUCUCUAACUAAAACACUUCUGGAAAUUCUUGCCAAGAGAAGCUUGGUUAACGAGGAACUAUCAAAGGAAACUAUGGAGAUGCUGGCUGAGAUUCAUCUUCUGAACAGAGCAGUAAAAAGAAAGAGUAUGAGUAUGGUGCAUUUGCUUGUACAGUUUGUUGUAAUUUGCCCUGAUAAUUCCAAGGUUUACCCCUUCCUUCCAAACUUGCCUGGCCCUGGUGGUUUAACUCCGUUGCAUCUUGCUGCAUCCAUUGAAAAUGCAGAGGAUAUAGUCGAUGCCUUGACAGACGAUCCUCAACAGAUCGGUUUGACCUGUUGGCAAUCAGUACUAGACGAUGAUGGCCAAUCUCCUGAAACAUAUGCCAAGUUAAGGAAUCAUAAUUCUUAUAAUGAGCUUGUAGCACAAAAGCUGGUGGACAUGAAGAACAACCAGGUUUCUAUAACGGUUAAUGGCGAUGACAUUCAUAUGGAACAAUUAGGGAAUGUUGAUGACCAUAAAAAAUCUGGGGUCCAGGCGUUGCAAAUAAGAUCUUGCUCCCAGUGUGCCAUUUUGGAGUCUGGUGUGCUAAGGCAGCCUGUGCGGUCAAGGGGAUUGCUUGCUCGACCUUAUAUUCAUUCAAUGCUUGCUAUAGCAGCAGUCUGCGUCUGUGUCUGUGUAUUCAUGCGAGCUUUGCUGCGGAUUAAUUCUGGUAAAUCCUUCAAGUGGGAGAGGCUGGACUAUGGUACAAUAUAA